AUGUCCCAGAGCUCUGACUCCCUCAAUACGGAAGCUUCGAGCAACGGCAUUCAUGGCAAUGGCCUCCUCAAUGCCGGUAGGAUUGGUGGGAACUCCCUGACUGGACUUUCGGGUGCUCGCUCUGAGCAACAGAAUCAGUUCCAUUACCACCACAAUCAUUUCGGAAGCGGGAAUUUCUACGCCGCAACAUCUCUAGAUGCUAGCAACUCAAGCAAGCAUGUCAUGGGUGCUUCCUACGAGCACUCGAACGAAAAAACCCCUAGAACCUCUCUUGAACCCAUCCACCCGGUGACGGCCGCGGCCCGGGCUUCGGCAGGUAGGGAAACCGAUUCGGACAGAGAGUCUCAGAACGAUGGCCCGCAAGUGCCUCAGAUCAGACUUCCGGAGACAGGACCGCAUAGCUCUGAUCAGUCAUCAUCUUCUUCAGACUCGGAAGAGGACUUUAUUGUAGAGGCUCGGUCUACCGAGCAAUACAUUCGUAUGAUUGAGACUCGCGGCUUUAAAGCUACACAAAGCUUUGGAGAGAUACUCGGUCUGCUCCCUUCCCACGUACGGCACCAGCAAGAUGUAUUCGAGCUAGUGAAGUCCGUCAAGGAGCAGCAGUGCUUUUUCGAGAACCAUCAGACUAGCCUUCCUGACGUCAUUCGACGUGUCGCUUCUCAAUCGCCACAGAAGAUGUCCCAUCUUCGGACAUGGGAUAACGUGCUGGAAAGGCUCGAUGAACUUCAGCGUGUUCUGGAUGCCCCGAAAUUAUUCAUAGGGGAGAGAUUCAAGAGAAAGCUUCGUGAGGGUGCCGGGGUAAGUGUCUCCAUAUCCGAGUCACCGAGGCAAUAA